UUCGUUCCGCUUCUCCGCUGGCCUUUCGCGCUGCCCCGCUCUCUCCGGGAUGGCUGCCGUGUGGCGAGCUCGUAAAUUCUCCCGCUGUGUAGUCCGCUUCUCCGACCGUGAUCUGUAAACAAACAAAAUAAACGUUUCGGGCGCCUUUGCCACUGCCCGCAGAUCAUCCGCCAUGGCAGAAAGUAACCAAAAUGCUGGUACUGAGUCUGUUGAAGAGGGUGAAGAUGAAAAUUCUGAAGACUCUAAUCUGCAGAUGGAGCUUAGUGCUUUUAGGGCUCAGUGGAUGUCUGAGCUGCUGCCCAGCUCUGCUAGGAAAGGGUCGUCCAAGGCUGCCGAUCUGAAAAAGAGACAGGAUCUGGUUAGAGAGGAAAAGGCCCGAGAGCUGUUUCUGAAGGCCGUAGAAGAGGAGCAAAAUGGAGCUGUUUAUGAAGCCAUCAAGUACUAUAAGAGUGCAAUGCAGCUUGUGCCUGACAUUGAGUUUAAGAUCAACUACAACAGAUCUCCGGAUCCAGAUAGAGUUGGCGGGAGCUACAUGGAGGAGAAUGAAAAUGAAAUAGAUGAUCUGCUUACGUACUUCCAACAGCAGAUGACUGUAGAACACUCCUCUCAGAAGCUCUGUCAGCCUGAGGUUGAAUUGUCUCAGGUGCAUAUUUCAGCUUUGCCACUGGAAGUGUUGAUGUAUAUAUUCCGCUGGGUGGUGUCCUGUGAUUUGGACAUGCGUGCCCUAGAGCAGCUCUCAUUGGUCUGCAGGGGUUUCUACAUCUGUGCAAGGGACCCUGAGAUUUGGCGCUCUGCCUGUUUGAGGGUGUGGGGCAGGAGCUGCACCAAAAUGCUGCCGUUCACCUCCUGGAGGGACAUGUUUAUAGAGAGGCCACGUGUGCGCUAUGAUGGUGUUUACAUAAGUAAAACAUCAUAUAUCCGUCAGGGGGAGGAGUCUCUGGAUGGCUUUUAUAGAAAGUGGCACCAGGUGGAGUACUACAGGUACCUCCGCUUCUUCCCCGAUGGACAAGUGAUGAUGUUGACGACACCUGAGGAGCCUUUGGCCACUGUUCCACGUCUUCGUAGCAGGAACACGAGGAUGGAUUCCAUCCUGUUUGGUCACUACCGGCUGUCCCAGGACACGGACAAUCAAACCAAAGUUUAUGUUGUCGUCUCCAAGAGAAAAGAAGAGAAGAUGCCUGAAUUCCAGAGGAGCCGGUUCUGCAGGCGGAACCCAGCCCCUGACGCCGACCGCACCUUCCAUGUGGGGCUGCAGCUGGCCUCUGGGGGGCGCCAGCGCUUCAACAAGCUGGUCUGGAUCCACCACUCCUGCCACAUCACUUACAGAUCAAAUGGAGAAACUGUCAUCACUGCAUUUGACUUGGAUAAAAUGUACACCCCAUUGUUUUUUGCGCGAGUGAAAAGCUACACAGCCUUUUCGGAGCGCCCACUGUAGGGCAAGCUGAGAGAUGCAUGUGAAAUCAUUCGAAGGUUUAAACACAAUUCUCACCAUCCCAAACCCAAAUCUUCGCUUUAAGCAUGAGGCUGCUUCUGAUGAAUGUAAAGAUGUUUGUGUGAGGUUAUAAUAGCAGAAUAUAGGUAUUACAGACUUUCUGUUUGUUUUAACUUAUGUAAACAGUGCCACUGAGUUACCAUUGUAAACACAGAAGUAUAGUGUAUGUGUUGAUUUGUCUAUGAUGUUCAACCAUAAAGAAAGCAGCUCUCUUCUUACUUUACACCAGUAAACACCAGUAAUGAAUGUUUUUUCUGUGUGGAUUUUAGCCUGAGAAAACAUGUCUACUGAUGACUUGAGAAACCAAAUAAACAAAUUAAAGAUUAAA